AUGCAUAUGGUGGACAUACCUUUUGGGACUUUGUUGUGGGUAGCUGCGAGACCUAUUCUCCGACUUUUCAUGUGCGUCGCUGGUGGGUAUGGCAUUACAAGGGCUGGUUAUUUCCCUGCGAUUGCGACUCGUGGAGCUGUUCAAAUAGUCUUGAACGUUACUUUGCCUAGCUUGAUUUUCUCGAGGGCUUCAUCUGCAUUGAAUGCAGAGAAUGAUGUAGCUCUUGGACCGCUGUUCGUGAUUGCGAUCAUCUACAUGGCGAUGGGCUUCCUAUUAUCUUUGUUCAUCAAGAAAUUUUUCUGGGUUCCAUCUCAGUUUCGGUACGGCCUAAUCGUCGCUGGAUGUUGGGCGAGCAACUGUGACAUAACAAUCUCGGUCAUGACGGAUAUCAUGGCCUCUCUCCCUUUCGACGGAACCCAUGACCAAGACCUCGCGGUAGCAUACAUCGGCGCCUUUUGUGUCAUCUUCUACUUGACAUUAUUUAUGUUCGGGCGCGACUUAAUCGAGAAAGAUUUUACCGGGACUGAUGUGCAGGGCCCAUGUCGGGACAAACGCUGGGAGAAACGUGUUUCCUCUUCCACAGAUGACGAGGAAGCUGGGAAGAACUAUGACCUGGAAGCAAGCACAAUGGAUGCCUACGUAAUGUCCAGCAAAGAUCUCCCCCCGCAAUUGUCAUCCUUGCAACAUUCGCAGACAGUUUCUGAAGCGUCGUCAACUAUUGUGCACCAUGACAUGCCGUCGGAUCGAUUCGACGAAAUGCAGUCGUCGAAAGAUGCAGAAAUACACAUCACACCAGCGUCCAUACCAAACUCCUCUGCAAACCGAUCCCGCCCUUUUAUGCAAUUUGUGAAAUUUCUGAGCAGUCUUCUAUCCCCUGUCUUGUUGUCCUUGAUCAUCUCCAUCAUGGUCUCUAGAAUAUCGGCUCUGAAGGCAUUGUUUAUUCCCGGUGUAUCAGGAACGAACAUUCCACUAGCUCCUGAUGGACAACCGCUACUAGCAUUCAUAAUGGAUGCAGCGACCUUCUUGGGAGCAGCCAAUUCUCCGAUUGGACUGAUCAUUCUGGGAUCCGCACUCGCGAGAAUUAGUAUUCCUCGCGGACGCUGGACUUCACUACCCCUUGGGGCUAUUGGAGCCCUCGCUGUCUGCAAGCAACUCAUUAUGCCAGUCCUCGGAGUUCUCAUCUGCAAAGGAUUUAGUCAGACCGGGUUCAUUGGCGUUGACGAUAAAGUGCUCAAAUUUCUUCGUAUCAUGUUUACCCAUAGCGUCGACCCAGUUGGUCCUGACGCAAGCACGCUCUGA